AUGGGCAACAACCAUUCGUCUGCUGCCAAGUCGGGCUCGUCAGGCUCGCCACCUGGUGCUGCUGCCGCCCCGCAGAUCGAUUCCGCCAGCUCAACUGGCACCACGUCUACGCCCGUCGACGGACACCUCCAUCAUCACCACCAGCUCCUGCCCCACCGCAAGGAUCCUCGCAAUAAUCCCGCCGCGCAAGCUGCCCAUAGUUCUGCCGCUCCUCCAGAGCCCUCGCUCGCCCAGGCCACCGGCCGCACCAUUGUCAAUCGUCCAAGGAGCUUGCCAGGCACGGCCGUCUCGUCUCUGAGCGGCUCGCCUCACAGCAACAUAUCCACGCCGUCGAAACCCACCGAGGCUCGACCCCUUCGGGAGGAGCCAUCGAAACCCGUCGAUGUGCCCGUCGACUCCAGCUCGCUUCGUUCGCACAAGGAAGCUCAGGCCUCGGCUGCUCAGCAGGCUGGCGGCAUCGACGCCUACCUCGUCUCCAACAGCAGCAUCACCGACAUGUACCUGAGGGGACCCCCGCGGUUACCUCUGCCCAUCCAAGAGGAGGUCCACACCCCCGGAUCGCCCAUCCUAGCCCCCGAGGAGGGACUGCCCGAUGUCGAGCUGGGCGAGUCCUCGGAUGGCCUGACCAGGAAGAGCUCUGCCCUCAGCGCCACCACGGUCGACGACGAAGAGUACGAGGAGCUGCGUGUCGACAAGACAAGCCCUGUUGUUGCUACAAAGAUUGAGUGGAAGCGCGGCGGCGACAAGAUUUACGUGACGGGUACUAUUUUCCAAUGGAACCGCAAGCAGCGGCUGCACCCUGUCGACGGAAAGCCGGGGCAUUUUGCGACGACGGUCUACAUCCUCCCCGGCACCCACCACCUACGAUUUCUGGCGGAUGGCAUCAUGCAGACGUCCCCCGACCUGCCAACGACUGUCGAUUUCGGAAACAACCUGGUCAACUACAUUGAAGUCAACCCCGACGAUGCCCUGCGGGAAUCCCAGCAAGGACGGCCCGGGGUCUCCAAGUUAGAGCCGGGCUCGGACGCCGCACAAGCAGGAGCACAGGCCAAGGAACCAGCCAGGCCAAAGGGCAAGCCCGUGUUGCCGCCGGAGUCCUACUCGAGCCAGAUUCCCCAGUACCUCGUCGACUUUGACCAGCCCGAGGACUCUUCAGCGUACAAAAACGCCGUCAGCGCCAUUGAAAAGCUGCCCACGCCGCCGAGCUUGCCUGGCUUCCUGGGCAAGCCGAUUCUCAACGCGGCCACGCUGAUGAAGGACGACAACUCGGUGUUGAACAUGCCCAACCACACCGUUCUCAACCACCUGGCCACCAGCAGCAUCAAGAAUAACGUCUUGGCUGUAUCGGCGACGACCAGGUACCACAACAAGUAUGUCACCACGAUAAUGUACAAGCCUACAUCGACGGAUGAAGGUUGA